AUGAUUUUGAGAAGCGGACUAUUACGGCCAGAUCAAGUGGUACCAGGUUACGACUCACACAGAACUUUAAAAAAAAAAAGGGUUGAGAGAGCCACUAUCUAUCUUCUCUUGCGUACAUCAAUUUCAACAAACAGGAGCAGCGAACCAAGGAAAGUGAACAAAUAUAAUAGAUGGCAGAGACGAAGCGCACUACAAAACUCUCUCGGGCACUUCUCUGAGGCAAUGCGCUUUCUUUUUUUAGAGCAUAGUCACAAACAUUCUCUGUACGUUCGAGAAACUCUUAGCUUGUUGAGUUUGCUUGCUUUAGUGUGCCACCCGCCCCCAGAAAUGAGACCAAAAGGUUCCUAG